GCUCCGCCCGCCUUUUGUUCGCUGGGUGCGAGCGGGGCGGGCGCCAGUGCCGGGCAGCAGCGGGCGGAGCAGGGAGCGCGGCGCAGAGCAGCAAUGGAGGUGAUGAACAUGAUGGAGCAGCCGAUCAAGGUGACGGAGUGGCAGCAGACCUACACCUACGACUCCGGCAUACACUCUGGGGUGAACACCCAGGUGCCGUCGGUCAGCAGCAAAUGCAUCGCGGAUGACGAGGACCUCUACGCCAAGCAGUACACCAUCAAGACAACCACCUACAGAGAGGCGGGGGGCCAGGGCCUGGGCCCAGCGGCAGCAGCAGACAUGGAGUCUCAGCUGGCCAUGACACGGGCCCAGCGUGUCCGGGCUGCCAUGUACCCAGAGACCGUGGAGGACCGAUCCCUGCUCAUGACCACUCACAUUGAGGGCCAGCAGACCAAUGUGCAGAGGCUGGCCGAGCCCUCGCAGAUGUUGAAAUCUGCCAUUGUGCACCUGAUCAACUACCAGGACGAUGCGGAGCUGGCCACCCGGGCCAUCCCGGAGCUCACCAAGCUGCUGAAUGAUGAGGACCCGGUUGUAGUCAGCAAAGCAGCCAUGAUAGUGAACCAGCUGUCGAAGAAGGAGGCGUCGCGCCGCGCCCUGAUGCAGUCCCCACAGAUUGUGGCAGCGGUGGUGCGUGCCAUGCAGAACACGAGCGACUUGGACACCGCCCGCUGCACCACCAGCAUCCUGCACAACCUCUCGCACCACCGUGAGGGGCUGCUGGCCAUCUUCAAAUCUGGAGGCAUCCCAGCUCUCGUGCGGAUGCUCAGCUCUCCGGUCGAGUCGGUCUUGUUCUACGCAAUCACCACCCUGCACAACCUGCUGCUGUACCAGGAAGGCGCCAAGAUGGCGGUGCGCCUGGCCGACGGCCUCCAGAAGAUGGUUCCCCUGCUGAACAAGAACAACCCGAAAUUCCUCGCCAUCACCACUGACUGCCUUCAGCUGCUAGCCUACGGGAACCAGGAGAGCAAGCUGAUUAUUUUGGCCAAUGGAGGACCCCAAGCCCUGGUGCAGAUCAUGCGCAGCUACACCUACGAGAAGCUGCUCUGGACCACCAGCCGGGUGCUCAAGGUCCUGUCUGUGUGUCCCAGCAACAAGCCUGCCAUUGUGGAGGCCGGUGGCAUGCAGGCUCUGGGGAAACAUCUCACCAGCUCGAGCCCGAGGCUCGUACAGAACUGCCUGUGGACCUUGAGGAACCUCUCUGAUGUGGCCACCAAGCAGGAGGGUCUAGAUGGUGUCCUUAAGAUCCUGGUCAACCAGCUGAGCUCGGACGACGUGAACGUGCUGACCUGCGCCACCGGCACCCUCUCCAACCUGACCUGCAACAACAGCAAAAACAAGACCCUGGUCACGCAGUCCAACGGGGUGGAAGCCCUGAUCCACACCAUCCUGAGGGCGGGCGACAAGGAGGACAUCACCGAGCCGGCUGUCUGCGCCCUGCGGCACCUCACCAGCCGGCACCCGGAGGCAGAGAUGGCCCAGAACUCGGUGCGGCUCAAUUACGGCAUCCCGGCGAUCGUCAAGCUCCUCAACCAGCCCAACCAGUGGCCGCUGGUCAAGGCCACUAUCGGUCUGAUCCGCAACCUGGCCCUGUGCCCGGCUAACCACGCCCCGCUGCAGGAGGCUGCCGUGAUCCCUCGCCUGGUGCAGCUGCUGGUGAAGGCUCACCAAGACGCCCAGCGCCACGUGGCAGCCGGCACACAGCAGCCGUACACAGAUGGAGUGAAGAUGGAGGAGAUAGUGGAGGGGUGCACGGGAGCCCUGCAUAUUCUGGCCCGGGACCCAAUGAACCGGAUGGAGAUCUUCCGACUCAACACGAUUCCUCUCUUUGUGCAGCUGCUCUACUCCCCGGUGGAGAACAUCCAGCGGGUGGCAGCCGGAGUGCUGUGCGAGCUGGCCCAGGACAAGGAAGCUGCUGACACGAUUGAUGCCGAGGGGGCCUCUGCUCCGCUGAUGGAGCUGCUGCAUUCCAGGAACGAAGGCACAGCCACCUACGCUGCAGCCGUGCUGUUCCGCAUCUCCGAGGACAAAAACCCCGACUACAGGAAACGCGUCUCCGUGGAGCUCACCAACUCCCUCUUCAAACACGACCCUGCCGCCUGGGAAGCAGCGCAGAGCAUGAUCCCGAUCAACGAGCCGUACCCGGAGGAUAUGGACGCUGGUUAUCGUAUGUAUCCGGGUGACGACCCCCUGGACAUGAACAUGGAUAUGGACGGAGACUACCCCAUGGACACCUACAGCGAUGGCGUCCGAGGGCACUACCCCGAACACAUGCUGGCCUAACCCGUUCCUCAGGCACUGCACAAGGGUGUGUUCUCCGGCCAGAAGAGGGUGGCUCCAGAACCGAGCGCCUGCAAGAGGGACUUGGGAGACAGAAGUGCCUGAGACAAACUUUUCCAUUCCCACCAGAGGCUUUAUUUUUAGAUUUGUUUUAUUAUUAUUUCUUUUUUGCUGUGGGUCUGUGAAAAAGGCCCUUUCCUCCUGAGAUUGCUUCAAACACCCUCCAGCCAAGCCAGGAUACUGUUUCUGAAGCUUUAAAACACGCGACUCCCGCGUCAUUAUCAAACUCCAUUGGCAUAACAGUAAUAGUCUUUUCUAUAAAUAUAUAUUUCUUUUAUUUUUAAUAUGGUGCAAAUGGCUUUUGCCGUCUGAUUUUAAGUUCGUGCUUAACUUCCCACUUCCUGUUCUGUGUUUAGCGUUUAACAAAAAUAAUCUAACAUUUUAAAGUGAGCCUUUUGCUUUCCACAAACUUUAAAUUAAACAUAGCAAAUCCAGUGAGUUUGCAGAAAACAAAGGGUGCCGUGUUUUCCCGCGAUCUUUGUUCUAGCCCAAGGGAUGUGUCAACGGCUUUAUUCCUUCCGAUCAGACGUGGGUGAGCAGAAUUUCAGUGUAACUGUCCUUACGAUAGAGGAGUGACUCUAACCACUAGGAACUGUGUCCUUGUAUCAGUCAACUAUUGCACAAUUUAGCCUGACUGUCUCCUUUCUGGUGAGUGGUGUGUUUCCUUCCCCUCUUCCCUUCUCUUCAUGCAUUUUUAAAGCGACUCUAGAUCUGAUGGCUUACUGCUUCCGUUGGAAAGGGAUGGAUGUUCUUGGAAUGUGGUUCAGGAACUGAGGAUUUUAUUAUUUCUGUAAGUUUUUUUGUAUAGACCAAAGCAAAGAAUAAAACACCCUAACCCCA